UCGGUUAACGGGGAACUUCAGAAGGCUACUUCACCGCCUCACUACAGUAUAUGUCAUAGGCUGUAUAAAUAUGGGCUCUCCCCCCUCUGUGGAUCACACACUUGACCAGUUGCGCCGCGCAAGAGUCUGAUGGAUCAUUUGAAUUCAGCGAUCCUUACUGGGUAUAUGGUACAGUACAGUAGGCAGUUGUAGUGAAGGGUCUGUGCGUAAGUGUGCGUGUGUGUACAUGUGUGUGUGUGCGUGCGUGCGUGUGUGUGUGAAUGUGCACUCCUAGAAUAGAAAGCCAAAGCAAGAAGGAGACGAAGAGAGGCGGGAUCGGCUUGUGCCUUGUUGAAAUCCAGGGUGAAGCAAAUAGAUCGUCUGUAACAGAUCGAUCAGCAGUUCGCGCUCCCUUUGUGGAUUUGAUGGAUGUUUGAUCAGUGGAUGUGAUGCCCAUAUAUAUCAUCGACCGAAAAUUUCCCGACACAUCUGGUGAGUUGAUUCAGCCGGCAGCUGAAGGAGGAGACCUGAGAAUGACAGAGACCAACCCCCCCAAGUCGGCUAAGAAGCCCCGCUGGACCUCCCUGGAGAUCGGCCUCAUUACAAUCGUCUCCUUGCUCUUCAUCGUCAUUGUCGCUCUUAUCAUCCUCUUUGCUACACAGAAGACUGAUGGAAUCUGUACCACGGCUGACUGCACACAGUCAGCGUCCCGUCUCAUUGAGAACAUGGAUGCUAGCGUGGAUCCUUGCGAUAACUUCUACCAGUAUGCCUGUGGAGGCUGGCUUAAAAAGAACAUCAUCCCAGAGACCAGCUCUAGAUACAGCACCUUUGACAUCUUACGAGACGAACUGGAGGUCAUCCUCAAAGGUGUCCUUGAAAAAACAGUGGAGGGGGAAGCCACUGCUCUCACCAAGGCUAAGACCCUCUACAAGUCAUGUACCAAUGAGAGUUUAAUUGAACAAAGAGGAGGGGCUCCUUUGCUCGACAUGCUGCCUGAUAUUUUUGAGUGGCCCAUAGCUCUGGAUGACUGGGAGACCAACUAUGGUAAAAAAUGGAGGUUUGAGGACGUAGUUGCUAAGCUGAAUGAGAAAUAUGGAACUCAACUCUUGGUUAACUUUUUUGUCGGCACUGACGACAGGGACUCCAAUUCGCACAUCAUUCAUUUUGACCAGCAGACCAGCCUUGGCCUUUUGUCCAGAGAUUACUACGCCUGUACCGGACCCUACGCAGAGGCAUGUCGAGCCUACGAGCAGUUCAUGAUUGAUCUGGCUAAGCUUAUCCGCACUGACCGGAGACUGGCCAUCAAUGAGACCCGCAUCAGAGAGGAGGUGACACGAGUUAUGGACCUGGAGAGGGACAUCGCCAAUGCUACUGAUACUCUAGAGGAUCGUAACAACCCAGUCUUACUUUACAACAAGAUGGAAUUGGGUGAUCUGAAAGCCAACUUCACCCUUGAGGUUGAAUCACAGCCAUUUGACUGGAGUUACUUCACAGCUAAGAUAAUGGAUACAGUCAACAUCAGUGUUCCUGACACAGAGAAGGUCAUAAACUACUCUCCCAACUAUUACAGAAGACUCAACCUUAUCUUGGCCAGAUACACCAAGAGGGAUCUGCAGAACUACAUGGUGUGGCGCUUUGCUAUGAACAUGGUGGUGGGCCUGAGCAAAGCAUACAGAGAGACCAGGAAAGCCUUCCGCAAGGCUCUGUCUGGUACAACGUCAGAGGCAGCAGUGUGGCGACAGUGUGCACUUUACGUCAACAGCAACAUGGACAAUGCUGUAGGGCGACUGUAUGUGCAGGAGGCCUUCUCUGAAAAGAGCAAAGAACUGAUGGAAGAGAUGAUUAAAGAUAUCCGAGAAGUGUUCAUUAGUAACCUCGAUGACCUGGCCUGGAUGGAUGCAGAGACCAAGAAAGCAGCUGAGGAGAAGGCCCGAGCUAUUCGGGAACGAAUCGGCUAUUCUGACAACAUCAUGGAUGAUAAAUACCUUCACAAUGAGUACAAAGAUCUGAGCUACAGUGCAGAGGAGUACUUUGAAAACAUCCUACAGAACCUGGAAUAUGUGCAGAAGAAACGCCUGCGGAAACUCAGAGUCAAAGUCAACAAAGAGGAGUGGGUAACUGGAGCUGCUGUUGUCAACGCUUUUUACUCAUCCAGCAAAAACCAAAUAGUGUUCCCUGCAGGUAUCCUCCAGCCUCCAUUCUUCAGUAAAGGCCAGGCUAAAUCUCUCAACUAUGGUGGCAUUGGCAUGGUAAUCGGUCACGAGAUCACACAUGGCUUUGAUGACAACGGUCGUAACUAUGAUAAGGAUGGUGACCUGAAGGACUGGUGGACACCAGACUCCACUCAGAGGUUCCUGGAGCUCUCAAAGUGUAUUGUGGAUCAGUAUGGCAACUUCUCCUGGGACCUGGCCAAUGGACUUCAUUUAAAUGGUAACAACACCCUCGGGGAGAACAUUGCUGACAAUGGAGGGAUACGGCAGGCAUAUCAGGCCUAUAGGAACUAUGUGAAGGAGCAUGGAGAAGAGCCACCACUGCCUGGAAUUGACCUUUCCCAUGAUCAACUCUUCUUCCUCAACUUUGCUCAGGUAUGGUGUGGUACACACCGACCAGAACAAGCUGUUAAUUCCAUCAAAGUAGACGUACACAGUCCAGGGAAAUUCAGGGUUCUGGGUUCCCUUCAGAAUUUCCCAGAAUUUGCCAAAGCAUUCAGCUGCAACAAGAGCAACUACAUGGUCCCUGACAACAUCUGCCGUGUGUGGUGAUCCACAGACUUCUGGGAUGGGGACUGUGCCGAAGUGGGUCGUCCCUGUCCCCUACAGUACCUCUCCCCCCUGACUAUUGGAGCACUCCUGGGGGGCUACAGGGAAGUGGAAGCUCCCCUUAGCUCUUUACUGGAUGGACCAGGGCUGGUGGACUGACACUGCAGUAUGCAUUUCCUCUGAGAACAGCAGUGGACUGUACCCUCACGGACAGACGGAGCACUGUCUCUCCGACUCUGAUACUGUAGUUCAUUCAAUCAGCCUGAAUAUUCUGCUUCUCACUGGAUACAAUCACUCCUUGUGUUUUUAUUUUUUUCUCAAUUUUCAUCUUGUUUUACUCAUCAUUUGUGAGUCUGCCAAUGUGUAUAUGUGAGUGUGUGUGUGUGUGUGUUUCAGUCGAAAUACUGUACAAGUUGUUGGCAAAUGAGGGGCAGACAGACAAAUGUGCUUAAACUCACUGGCAUAUGAAUACACCACACACCCACUCACACUCAUACACAUGUAACAGGGCUGAACCACUGUACUGUAUGUGGGACUGAGCUGUAUGCCUCUCAUAAAACCUCAGCUGGUUUCAGCCUUCAUCUACAUGCUGAUACACUCUACAAUGUACUCGUAAUGUACUCUUUGUUAAUACAUAUUACUAGAUUAGGUAAAUUAUUACAGAAAAUCAGAUUUUAUUUUGUUGAAUAGACCAGUAAGUAUUUAACCGUGAUCAUGUAUUACACAAUACUGUUCUAUAUUUAAUGUUAAUGACUUAACUGCAGUUGACAGGCGGCUGCUGAUCAUUAGCAGUAUGUCAAAUAAACCAAAAUGAAGUUUUUGCCUUUAAGAUGACAACUGGUCAUGAAUCAUUAAGCUGACAAUCGACAGACACCAGACCCUUUUAUACGUUCACUGAGCCUCCUGUGUGUUUCUGUGUGGAUGUAUGCUGCCUACAUUUGUCAAGCAAAUCAGUAUGCCUUACAUGAUUUGUUGUGCUACUAUGUGUGAGAGUGUGUACGUGUAUGCACAAGAGAACAAAGAAUAAUAAAAUUUAACAUUAGGGAAUAGUUCUACAUUUUUGGGAAAUGCACUUUCUUGCCGAGAGUUAGACCAGAAGUGCAACACCACUCUGUAUGGAAAAUAUGAAGCUAAAGCCAAGAAACGUCAGCUUUGCUAAGCACAAAGACUGGAAACAGGGGAAAACAGCUAUCCUGGCUCUAUCCAAAGGUUAAAAAACUCUGCCUAUACCAGCACCUCUGAAGCUCACUAAUUAACACAUUGUAUCUUUGUUUAAUGUGUAGAAAACCAAGGUGCUAAAUUGACAGUUUUGGCUAGGCACAUUAACUUUGUCUCUACUGGUUGUAAAGUUUUUGUACAGCAAACAAAUGAUAUAUAAUGUGUUAAUUAGUGCGCUUUAGAGGUUCUGGUAGGUGGAUUUUGUUACCUUUGGACUGAGCCAGGCUAUUUCCCCAUGUUUCUAUUCUUAAUGCUAAGCUAAGCUAAUUGGCAGCUGACUGUAGCUUAAUAUUUAAGAGAUAGAUAUGUGAGUGGUAUUGAGUUUAGUUCAGUUUGAUCGCCAUAUUACCAUCCCUUUUUUAAUGAUUACUUUACACACUGAAGCAAAAGUCAAAUGACACAUUAUAAUAUCAUAAUUAUGCUUUUGAAGGAAUGUUUAUCUUAAUUAUUUUAAAUUGAAAGCUGAGUCUUUACUGGAACCUAAUGAACUUUUCAUAGUGCAUGCAUUUCUCUGAAUGCAGUAUUUGAAGGUUGUAUCAAGUCAGUGGAUCCUAGUUUAGGAUUCAUCGUUUUGUAUGGCUUUAUUUUCUACAUUAAAAUGUAACUGAGGCUGUGAUACAAGGUAAUUAAUUGUGAAAAAAUUGCCUUUGCCUUUUAUAUAAAAAUUAGUGCAAUGAAUGAUGCGCCAUGAUCAUGUAGACCACUUCUUCAGAUUGUACAACACUCUCCAUGUCUUACCUGUAGACAUUGUUGUUUCCCUGUUUUUUGUUUUCAUCAUUGUUCGUGCAAGCUUCAUGUCUCUCUGUCACUGUCACUCUCUCCCUCAGGCUUUCUUUCUUUCUGCCUCUCUCUCUCACACACUCCACCUGUAGAAAGACAGAUAUACCUCAGUUGCCUGUAUUUCGAUACUUUAUAAAAAUGACUGAUAAUCAUCUUGAGGAGCAUUUUUUUCUUUCAAAAUAAAUCUUUAAAUAACA